CCCUUGUUUGGCCGCGCGGCCUCGGGGGCGGUGCCGUCCGCGUCAGCGGCGCCCGCGGUGACGGCGACGUGCGGCCCGCGCCACUGCUGCCCGCGGACGCCGCGGACCCCCGUAGCUCAUGGCCCAGGCGAAGAUCAGCGCCAAGGCCCACGAGGGUCGCUUCUGUCGCUCCUCGUCCAUGGCCGAUCGCUCCAGCCGCCUGCUGGAGAGCCUGGACCAGCUGGAGCUCAGGGUUGAAGCUUUGAGAGACGCGGCUACGGCUGUUGAGCAAGAGAAAGAAAUUCUUCUGGAGAUGAUCCACAGCAUCCAGAACAGCCAGGACAUGAGGCAGAUUAGUGACGGAGAAAGAGAGGAGCUGAACUUGACUGCAAACCGCCUGAUGGGACGGACCCUCACUGUUGAGGUCUCAGUGGAGACAAUUCGGAACCCCCAGCAGGAGGAAUCCUUGAAGCACGCCACGAAGAUUAUAGAUGAGGUGGUCAAUAAGUUCCUGGACGACCUGGGAAAUGCCAAGAGUCACUUAAUGUCACUCUAUAGUGCCUGCUCAUCUGAGGUGCCACCUGGUCCGGUUGACCAGAAAUUUCAAUCGAUUGUAAUCGGUUGCGCCCUUGAAGAUCAGAAGAAAAUUAAGCGGCGUCUGGAGACUCUGCUGAGGAACAUUGACAACUCCGACAAGGCCAUUAAACUGUUAGAGCACUCGAAAGGAGCCGGUCCCAAGACUCUGCAAAAUGCCGAUGGCAAAGUUAAUUAGUCUUCAAACCCAUAGGCCCUUUACCAAGGCUGUAAAAAAGGAAAAAAACCACUAUUUUAAAUAACUAGUUCUUUACAUUAGGCAUAACCACUUAUACCUCAUACUGAUGAUUGUUUCAGAUGAGGGAGUAUCCCAGUGUUAAAACUAGACGUAUUUCAGUCUCUGACUCAGAAGUUUUGGACAGAAUUCUGUCUUGAACUGGACUUUAGGGCUGUAUAUUUUAUUUCUAAAGAUGCACACAUAGUACUUGGGAAAAUAAAAAAAGGGGAAACGCAUCACUGCUCUUUCCUUGACUUCAGUACAGAUGCACUCAGCCCCUGGAGCAGUGUGGUCACACCACAGUAUGAACAGAGCACCCAGCUCCUGGAGCAGUAUGCUCACACCAUAGUGUGAACAGACCACCCAGCCCCUGGAGCAGUGUGGUCACAGCAGUGUGAACAGAGCACCCAGCCCCCAGAACAGUGUAGUCACACCACAGUGUGAACAGACCACCCAACCCCUGGAGCAGUGUGGUCACAGCAGUGUGAACAGAGCACCCAGCCCCCAGAACAGUGUAGUCACACCACAGUGUGAACAGACCACCCAGCCCCUGGAGCAGUGUGGUCACACCACAGUGUGAACAGACCACCCAGCCCCUGGAGCAGUGUGGUCACACAACAGUGUGAACAGAGCCCCCAGCCUCUGGAGCAGUGUACUCACACCAGUGUGAACAGAGCACCCAGACCCUGGAGCAGUGUGGUUACACCAAAGUGUGAAUGAACACCCAGCCCCUGGAGCAGUGUGGAUAAAAGGAAACACAUCAGAACCUCACCCUGCAUGUUCUCAAUAUUUGAGCCAUCUGUUUUCUGCGUCUCACCACAUAUCUUAUGUGUGUGAGGGCAUGACAUAAAAUGUGAGGAAACCACUUUACCACGAUGAUGGUCCAUAGCCACCAGGCAGUGGCCUGUCUCCACUGUGGGUGAGAAUGGGCUGCCCUGAAGUCACUGCGCGUGCAGUGGUAGCAAGCGAGCUACUGACCCAGCCCCUUUUCUGUGGUCAUGUGGGUGGUUUCAGCUUGUUGCUAUGACAACAGCACAUUUAUGUCCUUAGAGCUUUAUUCUGUUCUUGGUCUUCUUUGUAUAAAAUUCCACUAAUGGGUCCAUUGAGCCAAAAGAUAGAUACAUUUUCAUGGCCUAAAAACGUAUUUCUAAUUUUUUAUAAGUUUUAUCAGUUUGUACUGCCUUCAGUAAUUAAAAGAAUCCAUGU